CCAAAGUUUGUGUUCUCUGUAUCAAUGGCAAGUUCUUUAAUAAAUUUGGCAUCUUAUUUCAUUUCUCCAUCACCAAACUUUAAAAAGCAGCAAUAAGGUUAAGAAUCUAAAAGAUUAUUAUGGCUUCUGAGGCUAUGUACGAUCUCAACUCCCUCCUUUCCUCCGAGGGGAGAGAUUUCCUCAUUCGCAACAAUGGUGAUCAGGUAAAAAUUAGUUCCUUAAGUGGAAAAAUUGUGGGAUUAUAUUUCUCAGCAGGAUGGUGCCCUCCUUGUCGUUUUUUCACUCCAAAAUUAUUAAAAACCUACAAGGAAUUAGCUUCUAAAAACAUUAACGAUUUUGAAGUUGUCUUCAUUUCUUCUGACGGAGAUGAAUACUCAUUCGAAGCUUACUUCUUGAGAAUGCCAUGGUUGUCCAUUCCAUUUGAAGAUUCAGAAACCAAACAAAAGUUGAAAUCACUGUUUCAACUUAGUGGAAUUCCUCAUCUUGUUGUUAUUGAUGGCAAUGGGAAAGUUUCAAGUGAUGAUGGAGUGGGUUUAGUGAGAGAUUUUGGAGCUGAUGCUUAUCCUUUUACUUCUGAUAGAAAGAUGCAGCUUUUGAUUCAGAGAGAAGAGGAGGCUAGGAGAAACAACCAAACCAUUGAUUCCCUUUUGGUUUCUACUUCUCGCACUUAUGUGGUUUCCAAUGAUGGAAAUCAGAUUCCUAUCUCUGAAUUAGAAGGGAAACUGAUUGGAUUGUAUUUCUCAAAGCAAGGCCAUGAAGAUUGUGGUAAUUUUACACCAAAAUUAAUUGAAGCUUACAACAAAUUGAAGAAGAAGGAAGAGAAUUUUGAGAUUGUGUUCAUCUCUUUAGAUGAAGAAAAUGAAGAUUUAUUCAAAGAAGCAUUCAAAACAAUGCCAUGGUUGGCAUUGCCUUUUAAGGAUGAGAAAUGCCAAGAGCUAAAACUUUACUUUGAGGUUACUCAUAUUCCUGCCCUUGUUAUAAUUGGCCAAGAUGGAAAGACUUCGAACCCGAACGCAGUCGAACUAAUCAAAGGCCGCGGUAUUGAUGCCUACCCUUUCACUCCCAAGAAACUCGACGUACAAGUUGACGAUACUCCAAAUGCAAGGCUCGAAUCACAAUCUCUCACUUCCCUCCUUUCCUCUGACAGGAGGGAUUUUCUCAUCCGUAACAAUGGCGAUCAGGUGAAAAUCAGUUCUUUAAUUGGAAAGAGAGUGGGAUUAUAUUUCUCAGCAGGAUGGUGCCCUCCAUGUCGACUUUUCACACCAAAGUUAUCAGAAUUUUACAAGGAACUGUUGGCUAAUAAAUCUAAAAAUAAUGACUUUGAAAUUAUCUUCAUUUCUUCUGAUAGAGAUGCACUCUCAUUCAAAGCUUACUUCUCAAAAAUGCCAUGGUUGGCCAUUCCAUUUGAUGAUUUAGAGACCCAAAAAAAGUUGAAAAUAUUGUUUCAACUUAGUUCAAUUCCUUAUCUUGUUGUUAUUGAUGGCAAUGGCAAAGUUUCAAGUGCUGAUGGUGUGAAUUUAGUGAAGGAAUUUGGAGUUGAUGCUUACCCUUUUACUAUUGAUCGAAAAAAGCAACUUCUGGCUCAAAAAGAAGAGGCUAAGAAAAAUAAUCAAACCAUUACUUCCGUUUUGGCUUCUGCUUCUCGCAAUUAUUUGGUUUCUAAUGAUGGAAAACAGAUUCCUGUCUCUGAGCUGGAAGGAAAAUUGAUAGGAUUGUAUUUCUCACUGCCUGGCCAUGAACAUUGUGAUGCUUUUACACCAAAGUUAAGUGAAGUUUACAACAACUUGAAGAAGAAAAAAGAGAAUUUUGAGAUUGUGUUCGUCUCUUUAGAAGAAGAAGAUGAAGAUUUCUUCAAUGAAGCAUUCAAAUCAAUGCCAUGGUUGGCAUUGCCUUUUAAGGAUGAGAAAUGUCAAAAACUAAAGCUUUAUUUUGAUGUUGAUGAUAUUCCUGCUCUUGUUAUAACUGGCCAGGAUGGGAGGACUUUAAACCCGAACGCAGUCGACCUGAUCAAACAGCACGGAAUUGAUGCCUACCCUUUCACUCCCAAGAAACACGACGUAGUUCAUGGCAAGGUAGAAGCUUCUUGUUGUGGUUGUGAUGGGUCGAAGACGAGGGAGGAAACCAAAGAUGAGAAGGUAGAAGUUUCUUGUGGCUCGAUGGAGGAAGCCAAAGAUGGGAAGGCAGAAGUUUCUUGUGGCUCGAUGGAGGAAACCAAAGAUGGGAAGGCAGAAGUUUCUUGUGGCUCGAUGGAGGAAACCAAAGAUGGGAAGGCAGAAGUUUCUUGUGGCUGCGAUGGGUCGAAAAACGACGAUGAUGAAAAGAUGGAGGAAACCAAAGAUAAGAUGGUAGAAGUUUCUUGUGGCUGCGAUGGGUCGUCGAAAAAUGACGAUGACGAAAAGAUGGAGGAAACCUGCAAAGAUGGGAAGGUAGAAGUUUCUUGUUGUGGCUGUGAUGAAUCGAAAAACGAUGGUGACCAAAAGAUGGAGGAAACCAAGGAGGAGAUCAAAGAAGGGUGUGGGUGCAAAGGAUAAAUAGCAUAUUCAUUAACACAGCAAAGAAUAUGGAAGUUUAUGAGUACACACAUAUACACACCCAUAAGACUUUUAUAUAAUCUGCUUCAUUUGCUGCCUUUUUUCUUAAGACUUUGUUGUUUGAAAUUGAAUAAAUCAAAGGAGGCUUGUAGUUUUAAGCAUAUAUUUCAAGACAUUUUUUGGUUUAGUUGUUCUAAUUUGAUGGCUUGAGCUAUAACUCUCUUAGCUUGUAUGUGAUUUCUAUGGUUAAAAUGUUAUUCUCUAUAAUAUUUGUGAGUGUUAUUAGUU